AUGCUUCAUUCUUACACAGCUGCAGCACCUGUUGAUGAGAAUGAAAACAAAUCUAGACGUAUCUCUCAAGUGAAUUGUAAGAUUGGAGUGGCAUGCUGUCGCCAGCUAGCUCAGCGUGGGGUAAAUCUCGCACUGAGCUAUGCGACAAAUCUGGGGUCGAUCCAUGAGCUUGUGGCAGAACUUCAGUCAACACACGCCGAGAACCAGCUACGCAUAUCGAUUCAUAAGGUGGAUGUUGGGUCUGCCGAUCAAAUCACGGCCAUGUUUCAGGAGAUCGAUAAGGAACACGGCCAAAGACCAGACAUUCUGAUCUCAAAUGCAGGAUAUGGUAAACGGAUAACUAACGUGUGGGACAUUAAGCUCGAGGAUUUCGAUUACAUGCUUAAUGUCAAUCUGCGUGCUUCAUUUAUCCUGGUUAAGGGCGUGGUAGAGCACAUGAAAGCUCAGCAAUGGGGUCGUAUUGUGUUCAUGUCGUCUAUCGCUGCGUCGGGAGGUGGAAUCAAUGGAUGUCACUACGCGGCUUCCAAGGGCGGACUGAGUGGUAUGAUGAAGAAUCUAUCGAGCCGUUUGGCCCAAUAUAACAUCAGCGUCAAUGACGUUGCUCCUGCCAUGAUCGGCGAUACAGGGAUGGUUCCAAAUACAGCGGCAAUCGCAGACACGGUGGCAACUAUCCCUUUAGGCAGAUUAGGAACGCCAGAGGAGACGGCAAACGUGGUCACUAUGCUAGUGACUACCGGAUAUAUGACAGGCCAGAGCUUGUUGCUAGCCGGUGGUCUCAAAUAG